CGAUGUCUUCACAGGAGAGGUAAUUCUUAUCAAAUCAUAUGCGAAUUUGAGAGCAUAUAAAUCUGUUGUGUCGUUCAAGUUAGCAAGAAAAUGAAAUUCGCGUUGUUCCUUAUUUUAUUUUUGAUCGAGGAUGGAUUUGUUUCUGGAAUGUCAGAAUCCAGCGACGCAUCGGUCAAAUUUUCCCUCGACUUUUUCCGCGCUGCUUACAAUCUGAAUCCAGCCCGGAACUGCGUUCUUUCGCCAAUCGCCAUUCAGCGGCUGCUUUCAAUGUUGUAUCAUGCAGCCAAACUGACCGAACCAACUCCAUUGUAUCACCUAUCCCGAGCCCACUAUGAAAAUUUCGGAAAAGAUGAGUUUUUCAUGGAUGACCUUAAUACCAACGCUCUUGAAAUGAUCAGCAAAGUGUACCACUCGCAGGUGGAACUUAAUCCAAAUUUGCUAGCGGUUCUCCAGGCGGAAUACUCCGUAGACGUGCAGGCAACAGAUUUCAGUCGUCCAGAACUAGUGGCGGACACGGUCAAUCGAUGGGCCUCCCGAUUCACGAACGGAAUGGUGGGCGAUGUUUUGACCGAGAAUGGAUUUACGGAGAGCGUCAAUCUGAUGAUUAUAAACACCCUCACGCUGAAUGCUUCUUGGGAGAAUCAGUUUUCGCCGCACAGUGUAUAUAAGAGCGAUUUUCAUUUCUCAAACGGAGCUCGCAAGAUCGAUAUGAUGCAAAGGUACAAGAACUUUCGAUAUUGUGAACUCAAAGAUCUUAGAGUUGUGGAACUUGCGUACCAAGCGGACUCGGAUUUGACCAUGCUGAUCAUCAAGUCUGAUACCCUGCCACUGGAUACGAUUAUUGAUAGGUUCGAUUUACAAACCUAUCGGGACAUCGAUGAACAGCUGUACCAUGAUAGAUUCAAAUUGGUGAUUCCGAAGUUUUCCAUCAGCGUAGUAAUCGGAGCAAAGCGCAUUCUGAAUGCCAUGGGUUUGAGUUACGUGUUUGGGAGAAAUGCAUUUGAGGUGUUCGCCGGUUUCAGCAGCCGUCUGGCAAAUAUCUAUCAGGCUUUAAGAAUCGACAUCGACGAAAGGGGAACGCGGGCGGCUGCCGGCACGUACUCGGAUAAGUCGAUGCGAGUGGGCUCGAACUUCAAGUUUGUCAUCGAUGGUCCAUUUAUGUUUGUGAUUCGGAAGAAUACGACUAAAGACAUUAUAUUCAUAGGGCAUUAUUCGAACAAUCCAGAAUAAUCAUAAUAUAAC